UGUUCCAAUCCCCUCCAUAUCAUGUGAUUCAGGUGUUCCAAUCCCCUCCAUAUCAUGUGAUUCAGGUGUUCCAAUCCCCUCCAUGGACACAGGUGGUAUACAAUCCAGCCCCUAGGCAUGCAGACUGCUUCUACAAACAUUGGUGAAAGAAUGGGUCGCUCUCAGGAGCUCCGUGACUCCAAGCGUGGUCCCGUGAUAGGUGGCCACCUGAGCAAUAAGUCCAUCCGUGACAUUUCCUGGCUACUAAAUAUUCCACGCUCAACUGUUAGUGGGAUUAUAACAAAGUGGAAGCAACUGGGAACAACAGCCACUCAGCCACCAAGUGGUAGGCCACGUCACAUGACAGGGCGGGGUCAGCGCAUGCUGAAGCGCACAGUGCGCAGAAGUCACCAACUGUCUGCACAGUCAAUAGCUAAAGACCUCCAAACUUGGUGUGGCCUUCAGAUGAGCCCAACAACAGUGCGUAGAGAGCUUCAUGGAAUGGGUUUCCAUGGCCGAGCAGCUGCAUCCAAG